AUGACAGAAUCUACUGAAGGCCAGUUUAGUUCAGUUGAAUUUGAGACUCAAUUGCAUUUAUUUUCACAACGUCUGCAAGAGAUAAAUUCACAACAAGACGUGAUAUGUUCACUUUCUGAAAGAAUAAUAAGUGUUAAGGAUAAUCCAGUGAUUCUACAGUUAUAUAUACGACUAAUAGAAGAAUAUAGUAUUACAGCUCCUCCUGAGCAACUAAUACCUCUUCUUUAUCUGCUGAAUGACUUUGCUCAAAAGUGCAAGAAUCACGCUCAUAUGGCAUCAGAAGCUAUCAUAAACAUCUUUAACCUAAUAAAUAUUGAAUAUACUGAGUAUAUGGCUAAGGCAAGACGUUGUUUUAAUAUUUGGAAAUCACGAGGUAUAUUUGAUAGCAAUAUACUAAAGCAACUAGAUUAUGCUCUUUUAGGACUUGCACCUCCCUUACUCAUUAUAUCAUCUUCAUUCCCUAAUGUAAAUACUUCAGAAUCUUCUAAUAUUUCACAACAAAGCAUAUCAGAUAUAAAGUUAGAUUCAGUUAAUUCAGCAGAGGAUCCCAUUAUUCACAUUGCUUGUAUUAAACAAAGAGAUAUAAAAUUGUAUAACCUAUAUCAAGAUAUAUGUAAUGAAUGCGGUACAACAAUAAGAGAUGCUAGUAGUGCUAGGGAAAAGAGGAAAAUAAUUCAGAACUUAGAAUUUAGUAUUACUAAGACACCAAAGGGAUCUCAAAAGGAAAAACUACUUAAAUUACUCGAAAUGGAAUGGAAUUUACAUUGCAAUAUAUGUGAUAAUAUUUUAAAAUUGAUUGAAAAACUAGAUCAAUUCCAUUUACAAGUAACUAAUAAACUAUGUGAAAUCUUAAAUAUAGAGGAGAAAAUUGUAGAAUCUACUUUGAAAGUUUAA